UGCAAAAAUGACAAUACCUUAUUACAACAUUUUAGAUGUGAGCCAAUUUAGCCUUAAAACAAUUCGGCAGAGAACCCACGAUGGUAAAGUUGGCGUCGUCACUAAUAUUGGUUUUAAUUGCUUGGCACUCAUGUUUGAAGUUCUAACGAUUAUGUCUUUCUUUCAUUUUGAUGGGGAUAUUAAUUUACUUGCAAAUUUACUUGAAUCUCUUACAACUUUCAGUCAAACGUUUAUUAAACUGGUGCCUCUUUUGAUAUAUCGAAAACGCAUUCAACAUCUUUUUGACGCAAUGAAGCACUUCUGGAACCCGGAAGACUUUCCCGAAGUACUCCCAGAAAUAAAAGAAACUUAUAAAUACACUUACUACUUUCUUUUGAGUUACCAAUGGGUGCUUUACUUAACUUUGGUAUUUUUUACGUGCAACCCUUUUUCACCUGGACAUUCUCAUGGCCACCUAUGUCCCCGAUAUACCUGGUGCGUUUUGGGUGAUAUUAGUUCUGGAAUAUCCGAUGGGAUUUCUGAUGUGUUCGGCGAUGACUGGCUUUGAUACUUUAUAUGUUGCUUUCUUUACGCAUCUUGUUAUUCAGCUCAAGUGUUUAAACAACGCGAUGGAAACCAUGGACAUGAAAAGUCCAAAUUUUAAUAAAACAUUGAGGAAAUACCUUAAUCAUCAUAAAUUUAUUCUUAGCUUUGCUGAUGAAUUGUUGGAUAUUGUUGGAAUUCCAAUGCUGGGACAGUAUAUAGUUUCGAUGUUUUUAACUUGUAUGGAAUUUUACUUGCUGAGUGAUAGUUUUGAAAAUCCACUGCGUUUGCUUAUGAGUUUGGGCUUCACAGCAAGUCUGCUGUUUCAAUUUUGGUGUUACUGCUAUUCAGCAACUGAAUUUACAACUGAGGCGUCUCUUCUCGGAGAAGGUGUUUACAUGAGCAGAUGGUAUGAAGGUACUCCUAGUCAACAGAAAAUGCUCAGUUUAGUCAUCUUAAGAGCUCAAAAAGAAGUCAAAUGUACUGCUGCUGGUUUAGUUGAGAUUGACCGACGUGCUUUCAUGGCUGUAAUUAAAGCUGCGGUAUCUUUCUAUACUCUCAUGAAACAAUUUUAAUAGGACGUAGAAAUUUUAUUUAACACGUUAGUAAGCAAAAAACACAUCACAGUAAUUGUAUUGUUUUUUUUUAAGUUAUAAAUUAUGAAAGAAUUAUUUGUGUACGCACUUAGUAUUCUUGCGACAUAGAUAUAAUCAGAUGAUCAUGUACUUAUUAAUAAAAUAUAAGUAUAAAUAAAA